AUGAAAUCUCGCUCCACUGUCCCUUAUAAUGAUCUACUACCCGCAGCUUAUCUGUACUUGCUUGUUGUCAUCACCCUCAACUUUUUAUCAACUCUCUGCCAACAAACCAUGGGCCGCUUGCUUCCCAUCAACAUGAACAUUUUUCGUAUAUUUUAUCAACGAACAGUAAUAGACGAUCCGCUGGACCGGGUCUUUUCAUGCCCUAUAAGCCCUCCUCCAUUAACAACUGAACGAACCGUCUUCGGUACCCUGGGAUGUACAGUCUAUGGUUACCCCUCCACUGGCGGGGUUCUUAUCAAAGAGGCUGAUCUUCUUGAUAUGCUUUUCCUGUCGCUCCCGCGCUCUCAUGUAUCGCAGCGGUCACCCAGUGCCGACGAAGAAGACAGGUUCUGUAAUCUUAUGCGACGGACUGGUGCGACGUUCUGGCCGAGUAGGCAGGAUUGGCUCGAUGGACAGAUAGGCUUGAGGGAGGUUACAGAGGAAGAAGAGAAGGUGAUGGUGUACGGCUGGCCGACAGAUAGAGUGGGUGUGUGGGUGUUGAGAUUUCAGAGUGCCAGGCAACUGCCAAGUGAUUUUGGGAGAAUGAGUUUAGCGAUGAAUAUGGAGGAGAAGAUACAGAUUAUGAGAGAGUACGGUGCUGUAUUUGUUGAAGAUGUCACACAGGUAGAGGAACUAAACACGAUUUGA